UAGGAGGCCGCAUAGUGUUGAAAUUCGGUGCUCCAGGAUGUCCAGACAAGUGAUCGUGUGCUUGGCUCUCGUGGCUGGCCUGCUCGGGGCGGCAGUUGCUCAGGAGGACUACUGUGACUCGUCCCUGUGUGAUCCAGGAGUACAGCACAUCGGAUGCAACGCCAAGAACGAGCUGUCUCCGGACUGCAACGAGGGCAAGAAGAUCGAACUGACCGACGAGCUCAAGAAGUUGAUCCUGGACGAGCACAACAACUACCGCAACCAGGUGGCCAAGGGAGAGCUGAAUUGGUUGCCGACCGCUUCCAACAUGGUGACGAUGGACUGGGACGAUGAUCUGGCCUACCUGGCGGAGUUGAAUGCUGAUCGGUGCGAGUUCGAGCAUGACCAGUGUCACAACACCAAAAAGUACCCGAACUCCGGACAGAACAUCGCAUCGUGGGCAACGAGUGGCGAUUCGUACGAGGUGAAGGAUACGAUCAAGACGCUGAUCCAGGAGUGGUGGGACGAGCGUCACUUUGCCGGUCCCAAGCUGGUUAAGAAGCUGUGGGGCAAGUACAAGGCGCUGCAUUUCACGAUGUUGACUCGCUCGAAUGCCAGUCGGCUUGGAUGUGCAAUGGUGCAGUAUAAGCAAACCGAUUUUCUGUGGGUUUUGCUCAUCUGUAACUAUUCGUACACUAAUAUGAUUGGUACGAGCAUCUACAAAGAGGGAGCACCGUGCUCGGAUUGCAAGUCUGGAUGCGAUAGCAAGUACGAUGGGCUGUGCAACAAGGACGAGGCAGUUGAUGUCGCUUAAAUCGCUGAGAGGCUCGAGUUGUACAACGAUGAGCAGACAAAUAAAAUUCAGGUAAUGGGAAAA